AACUAGUUUUCUUUAACAACUCGUGAUGACCAUGUCGUUGUAGUCAACAGAUAACCUUAAUAUCGCAGCUGUAUUAAGAAAUCAUAAUCUAAACGUACUUUUAUUUCCUUGAACAGUGAGGCAUAAUGGCUGUCAAUUUAAAUUAUAUUACCUCGCUUUUCAUUGCAUUAUGUCUUCUAGUUAUCAAUAUUUAUUGCGCUGAUUUGUUACCAUCUAAUCCAAAUCCUAAUAAUUCCGUGCAAUUCAAACCCAACCAGGAUGCAAGCCAUUCAUCGACAACACCAUGGCCGGAGCUCGGUCAAAGAAGACCAUACAGACCCAACAAUAUGCCAAAUAAUAUGCCCUCAUCUUCAACACCUCCGACUUGGGUGAGGCCCGUGCAAGGCGGAACAAGAGAUUUUGUCAAUCCACUGAUUAAAAAUGUACCGACAAAUUAUUCUGCUCCCGUCUGGGUACGACCAACACCGCCAUCGACACAACCGAUAAGAGACUUUGUUUCGAGUCCAAAGACGAAUUUGGUGGGUCCAAACCCCACGACGCCAAAAUCACCAACGCAGAUGGCUCCUAUUCAACCUAAUCGUGAUUUCGUCUCUAGUCCAAGGACAAAUGCAAUAGCACCAGGUCCUACAACUCCAAAACCCACUAGCUCUCUCAAACAAACAGAACCGAAGAUAGACUUUGUUAAUUCAAAGUUUACCACGGCGAAACCAAUACAAACGGCUAUACGGGAUUUCGUUUUAAAUGAGCGAGGCACUGUAAAACCAGCAGUUCAAAACCCGAAACAGAGCGUUACCUCGACCACUCAAAAACCCAUAUCUUCUUCAGGGCCGACCACACCGAAAGCUGGGAAGAUAUCGGAAGAUGAUGAGUUGAGGGAAUUUUCGGAAACGCUUUGGAAAAAAGAUGUGAAUAGCGCGUUAAAAUAUAUUACAAUUAAUUAUCAAGGAAAGACUAGAUCAUCUUCAUCGAAAGAUGAGGCACCAGAACCAUUAUUCACAAUUCAUCCAGAUGCGUUUAAAAUUCCUUCAAUUGAAAAAUUAUUACUUCUUCAUAAUAAUUACAUAUUGGACAGUAGUCAGAAUGAAGUUUAUACGGCACAAGAAAAAAUUGAAGAAAAUAACUUUUUGGACACCAUUCUAUCGACACCAGUAAUGCAGCACACAAGAAACUUCUUAAUUAAAAAAGGGAAAUUGUCAAGGGAUCCAAAACAGUUUAAAGACUUAUUGAAGCAGUAUUGGUUCAAUAUGUACUCGAGGGGCGGUGGGAGGAUUGGAUCUAGCGGUUUCGAACAUGUUUUCUUGGCAGAGAUUAAAAAUGACGCGGUUUCCGGUCUGCACAAUUGGAUUUUUUUCAAUCAGGAGGAAAAGAAGAACAAAGCUAAUUACUUGGGUUACAUGAAGAAAAUUGAAUUCGAUAAAGGAGCAUUAUUGAAAUACCAUUUCAAGUUUCACAAUAUCGAUAAGCCGGUGGGAACUUUGUUCAUUGGGUCGAGUCCCGAAUUGGAAAUAGCCUUGUAUUCGACGUGUUUCAUCCUGAGACCUGAUGACGCCUGUCCUGUACGAGCUGCAGGAAAUAAUUAUGCUAUACGUACUCAUUCGUAUAGGUACAGGGGCAAAAAUAUGAUCGGAAGUGCUUAUCUAGAAAUUUAGUCGAGAGACAUUCCAAAAAUUUUACAUAUAUUUAGUUGCAUUUUGUAUUUUCAAC